UGUGAGAGAUAUCAGAGCACACUUAUGAGAAGCUUGAGCAGCCUGUGAUGAAACGCUAACGAAGCAUACUGUUUAAAUGCAGUGUAAGCUUGUAAAAUGGCCUAAUUGGCAACGUAGAACGGCCUACUGUAAUUGUGUGCGAAUAAUUUGGACCAGUAAGGUGCGUCACCAGUAUUAAUUUUUAGGCAGGUAUGAAAGAAUGGCAAACAGAAGAAAUCAUGGACCCUUGCCCCCUAGGUGGCUCCACUGUCCACGCAAAGGAUCUUCACUUAUUGGAGAUAAGUUUUUGCCAUUCAAGACGCCUCUUGACUCGCGUUAUGAUGACCAAGUACCAGAGGAAUUUCGCUUUCCGGUUUCGAUGUUGUUUAUGUCGCUAAACAGUUACAAGGUCAAAGCCGGUAUCUGGAUUGACCUGACGAACACGAAUCGGUUCUACGACAAGGCUGAGGUCGAGAAGACGAGCACCAAGUACCUGAAGUUGCAGUGCCGCGGCUUCGGCGAGACUCCAUCCGUCGAUCAGACGCGCGCCUUCAUCGAGCUCUGUCAAAAGUUUGUCGCUCAGCAUCCGCUCGAGAUCAUCGUUAUCCACUGUACCCAUGGUUUCAACAGGACUGGUUUCUUGAUCUGCUCUUAUCUGGUGGAGAAAUGCGACUGGAGUAUCGAAGCAGCAGUGGAUGCCUUUAAGAAAAGCAGACCGCCUGGCAUCAUCAAAGGACAUUACUUGGAAGAGUUAUUUGGCCGUUAUGGCGACAGGGAAGAUGCUCCUCCCCCUCCCCCUCUUCCGGACUGGUACACGGAGAGUGACGACAGCAAUCUGGACGAUGACGGUGAGCCGCUGCCCAACAACCUCUCGCAAGAUGGCAGCACGCAGAAUGGCAGUCGGAAGCGAUUCAAGCGCGAGCUGCACGUGAAGAAUCCAAAGUUCAUGGACGGGGUGAGUGGUAUCACUCCGAUUACUAUGCAGCCAACGCUAGCACAGAUACAGAGAAAAUGUCAAGACAUGUGCAAAUGGAAUGGGACUGGAUUUCCUGGAGCUCAGCCAGUAUCCAUGGACAUCCAUAAUAUUUCCUUGUUGACCAAGAAACCAUACAAGGUUAGCUGGAAAGCUGAUGGAUUUAGGUACAUGAUGCUGAUAGAUGGUGAAAACCAGGUUUACAUGAUAGACAGAGAUAACUGUGUCUUCCAAAUCGACAGCCUACGGUUUCCAAAGCGAAAACAGCCAGAGGAACAUGUAGUUGAUACGCUAGUGGAUGGGGAGAUGAUUAUUGAUGAGGUUGAUGGAGAAAAAGUGCCCAGAUAUCUAUUAUAUGAUAUAAUCAAGUUUGAGGGUAAUGAUGUAGGUGGAUGUGACUUUGACAGGCGGUUGCUAUGUAUAGGAAGGGAGCUGAUUGGCCCCCGACAUCAGAUGAUGACGCAAGGGAAAAUUGAUAGAACAAAAGAAUCUUUUAGUGUUCGAGCGAAACCAUUUUACGACCUGACGGAAACGAGAAAGCUUCUCGAUACGAAGUUUACAGGCCAAGUAUCUCACGAAAUCGAUGGUUUAAUCUAUCAGCCUGGAACUGAUCCCUAUCAUUGCGGUCGUUGCUCGGAUAUGCUGAAGUGGAAACCGGCGUCACUAAACACAAUAGACUUCCGGAUGAAAAUAGCGCAGAUAGAAGGUGUAGGAUUGUUAAAACAGAAGGUUGCAUGCCUCUAUGUCGGUGGCUUGGAUACGCCGAUGGCACAAAUGAAGCUUACAAAAGAACUAAAAGAAUUGGACAACAAAAUUCUCGAGUGUAAAUUUGAAAACAACAGUUGGAAGUUCUUGAGACAAAGAACAGACAAGUCAUUCCCGAAUGCAUAUUCAACUGCUAUGGGCGUCUGUAACAGUAUCAAGCAUCCGGUCACCCGGGAGAUGCUGCUCGACGUCAUAGACCGGCACCGCUUCCGAGCGCCUGUUCAGAAGCCCCUCGCAGCCCCAGGUGGGAGCGGGAGCAGCCGACAUGACGAGGGACUAAUGCCUCCACCACAGCUGCCUCCGAGUAGUCACUGAGAAGAUGUGCGUUUCGAUCUGGUGUGUUGCCCCUUUUAUUCCCGCCCCCCACUCCCCACCCACCCUCUUUCCUCUUCUUCCUUCUUGCUCUACCACCCUCGAUCGGCGUUAUGACAGAAGGAAGUAAAACUUUCGUGCCCUGCUGAUUAUGUAUGCUAUGAUCUGAUAUGACGGUUGUUCUCUUGACGUCUUGCGUUUAUCUCACGGCACCUGCUUUGUUCCCCAGAGCUGGUGUCCCACCGACAGUAUCUCUCUUCCAGUGCUCAUACGUCGCGUCUCAGUGUACGUGAAUUGUGCUCCGUUCACGUACUUUUUAGAAUGGUCAGAAAUGGUGUGUUAGGAGCAGUUCAGUGUAUGCGAACAUGAUAUUCAUUCCGUGUGCGUGCGUGCGUUAAUAGAAGGCUAACAAUCGACCAAUUUCCUACAGUUCCUGUCAUUCUGUUUAUUCUGUCUUUCUACAAUGUCUCGCUUUUAUAUUUUUUUGCAUGUCUGUGCAAGGGUGCUGGUUAACGAAGGAGCCAUUACUAAGCAACAUCACGAAUGUUUCCCUUCUGUCAGCUCAAAUUCCUUGUGAGAGUUUUACAAAGUUCGUGAGAAUGAAAAUGUUUUACACAAGCUAAUCAUUUUCAAAGGCACAGGUAGUAUAAGAUGUUUCAGAAGUUCAGGAAUUGGGCUUCUAUUGCCAUUCUUCGGUUUGAGUCGUAUUCAGUGUCACUCCUAGGUGCCAUAAUGAAGCGUGCUAUCUAAAGUCUUAGUAUGUUCCUGCAUCUGCAUCGUCGAUUUCGUUGAAAAAAUUUGGACAGCUCUGCGAGCGACUCGGGUCGGCUGUAAGAAAACUCGUCAACUCUAGUAACCACUUGCGAGGGUAUGACAGUCGUGUCGUGAUCGUCCGCUUUAUGAUAUACGAUUAUUUCUGGUAGCUAUGAAAACUUUCCGACAUUGGACUUUUAUGUUUUAUAUCGCUCUUGCUCUCUCUCCCUCUUCCCCCUGUCUCUCUGUUUCUCUCUCUUCCUCCAUCUCUCCCUCCCUCUCUCCC